AUGUGCUUCUUGACUGUCUUAACGCUCACCCAGCAGCGGGAGGAGCGGGAGGAAGAGGAGCCGGAGGGGCUGUGGGGGUCCGUGCAGCAAGAGGAGUGGAGGCAGUGCGACGCACCUUCCAGGAAAUACCGUGACGCGCCACUGCCGGAGUCAAACGGCUACCUGCAGGCGUUUCUGGACGGAGGGCUCAACCAGCAGCGCAUCAGUGUGUGCAACGCAGUGGCAGUAGCCCGUCUGCUCAACGCCACUCUGCUCGUGCCUGAGUUCGCCACCAACAUCUUUUGGCAGGACUCCAGUCAAUUCGAGGACAUAUUCGACCUGCCCCACUUCAUCGCCUCCCUGCAAGCCGACAUCCGCAUAGCUCCUCGUCUCCCCCGCCACCUCGCGUGGAGCACAGCGGCCUACUACGCCUCCUCGCCCUCCCGCCGCAACAAGCUCAUCCGCUCCGCGCCCCUGCACGCCACCAAGAAGUGGUACCUCAAGCGCGUGCUGCCACGGCUCAAGCAGCGAGGCAUCGUGGCACUAACGCCCUUCUCCCAUCGCCUCGCCUUCACGGGGCUGCCUCGGGAGAUCCAACGGCUGCGGUGCCGCGUCAACUUCCAUGCGCUGCGAUUUGUGCAGCCAAUCAGGGAGCUAGGCCAGAAGCUCGUGCAGCGACUGCAGGACCCCUCCCUGCGCCCCACCCGUAGGGGACUUCCCCACUCACCUUCUGACGACACGAGUGCUGCUGAGGUGGGGGAUGGAGGGAGGGAGAGAGGCGGACGAGAGGAGGGGGGAGGCGAUUGGGACGAGGGUGCGGAGGAAAGUUCGGGAGUGGGACAGUCGCUGUCUGCUGACACGAGUGCUGCUGACGUGGUGGGCCGAGGGAGGAAGGGAGGAGGAAGUGAGGAGAGGGGAGGGAGAGAGGAAGGGGGAGGAAAUGAGGUUGGAGGAGGAGGAGAGGAGGGAGGGGGAGAGGAGGGAGGGGGAGAGAGCGAAGAGGUGCGAAGGAUCCGAGUGGAACUGGUUGGGGAUGAAGGGGAGGGAGAGGACAUGGGUGGAGAGGGAGGAGAAGGGGGGGAGGAGGGAGUCCGAGCAGGAAGACGGGGAGGUAUGAGCGAGAGUGGAAGAGGGGAGGAGGAGGGAGAGGAAGGUUUUGAGGAGUUGGGAGGGGAGAGGGUAGGGGAGGAGGUGCGGGAAGGAGGCAGUGGGGAGGGGUUGGAGGAGCUCCUGUGGUGGGAGGCGAGGGCGAAGGGAUCGGAGCAUGGAAGGCAGAGGGAUGAGAGUGAUGAUGGGAGUGAGGAUGGGAGGGAUAAGGGACUGGAGCAUGGAGAGGAGAGGGGUGUGAGGGAUGAUGGGAGUGAGGAGGGGGGGAAGGGAGGCAGUGGGGGGGAGGGGCUGGACGAACUGCUGUGGUGGGAGGCGAGGGAGAAGAGAAUGGAGCAUGGAGAGGAGAGGGGUAGGAAUGAGGAGGAGGGGAGAGAGGGAAAAAAGGCACUGCAUGGGAGUGAGGUGGUGGGGAGAGAUAGCAGCAGCUGGUGGGAAGAGGAGCUGGAAGGAGGUGAGGGUGAGGAGGAACAUGGGCGAUUAGCAUAUAACGGCAGCGAUUUACAGUUGGAGUAUGAAGAAAGCGAGGAUGUCUGGGGUGGUGGUGCCGAGAAGGAGAGUGUGGGGAUUGAGCGUGUGGGCAGUGGGGAUGGGGCGAGCGAGAGGGGACUGCUGGGGGGCUACAGGCGCCGGCGGUUGCUGGAGCGAGUGGUGGGGGGCGAUUUGCGGGGGACGGACGAAGCAGGGAGGAACGAUGUGGGGGGGAAUGAGGCAGACGGGGACGAAGCAGAGGGGGACGAGGUAACCGGAGGCGUUUCCUGGGUGGGAGAGCAAGAGGAGGGGCUUGUAUUGGAAGGUCCUCGCACAGAAGGGGAAGAGGAAGGGACGGAAAGGAGUGCGCUAGGGUGGGAGGGACUGAGGGCGCGAGUGAGGGAGGUGAGGGAGUUGCGGUUGCGCAUAGAGCGGCGCGUGCGCGCGCGGCUGGAGCAGUGGGCUGAGGGCAUGCGGCUGGCACAGAUUGGCGCCAUGUGGGGCGAGUGGAAGCACAUGCAGCGGAUGCGGGGCGAGGGGAGUGGGGGGAGAGAAGGGAGGGAGGGGAGUGAGAGGGGGGAGGGGACGGAAGCAAGGAGGUGGAGGGACGGAAGGGAAGAGGUGCGAGAGGUAAGUGGGGGGGUGUUGUGGGUGGUGAAAGGAGUGCAGAGGGUGAUUGGUGCAGCCAUGAGGGGGUUACGAUGGAGGAAGGAGAUGGGUGCGGGGUUGAAGGGGAGAAGGGUGGAGACGCAGGAGGCAGCAGAGGGUGGGCAAAGAAGGAGGAGGUUUCUGGCGAUGCACCUGCGACUUGACUUGUGGGCAGAGGAGGAGCAGGCAGCAGCAGCGCAAGGGGCGUAUCGUCCUGCUCCCCGAUCCUCCGCACGGCCCUUGACAGCCCGCCCUCCGUGUCCUCAUUCCCUCCUGCAAGACAAUGUGGUCCACACUCACUCCCCUUGCAACUCGACCCUCUACCCCAUCUCCCCUACAGGGCAUGGUGGUGGUGCACGUGAGGUGCGAUUACGGGGAGGCGUGGAGGAGCAGGCAGUCAAGCAAGACGUUUCCCAUGCUGCUCCCUCGCCGCUCUCACUCCCAUCUCGUCGGCUCUCCCCCCCACCCCCCCAACAGGGCGAGGGAGAGUUGGGGACAAAGCAAGGCGCGCCUCAUGCCGCUCCCCUGCCCCGCCUGGGCCCUCAUUCCCCUCUCCACAUGCCUCCCCCCUCCUCGUUCUCCUCCCCCUCAGGACAUGGUGGCACACCCAUGGUGCGACUAUGGGGAAGCGAGGGAGGAGCGGGUACAGAGCAAGGCAAGGCGUGCCCCACGCUGUCCCCUUGCCACACUCACUCCCUCCCCAUGCGACUCUUGCCUCCUCCCACACAGGACAUGGUGGCACACUCGCGGUGCGACUAUGGGGAGGCGAGGGAGGAGUGGGAGCAGCUGAGGCGGUACUGGAAAAGGGCGUGGGGGGAGCUGGAGGGUAAAGUGCAUCACACCCCUCAGCAGCUGAGGGCGGCUGGCAAGUGUCCCCUCACGCCAGAGGAGGCGGGGCUGGUGCUGGCGGCGCUGGGAUUCUCCAGACACACACAGCUCUACGUGGCUUCUUACCAGGUGUAUGGCGGCCCCACUCGCAUGGCUGCGCUGCUCCGUCUCUUCCCCAAUCUUGAGGAUAAGACGACGAGGAGCUGCGGCCGUUCCGUGGGCGGGCGUCCAUGUUGGCAGCACUGGACUUCUACGUCAGCACACACAGUGACGUGUUUGUGUCCACGUCAGCAGGCAACAUGCAUAAUGUCAUG